UUGUGUUUCACAGAGAUGACCCAACAGCGCGAAAUAGCACCGGCCACUUCGGAUACCCUGGGAUGCAAAACAUGCACUUCUUAUUGUAGCUAGUCAGUAGCAUUACCUAGCUAGCCUUACAUUUUCAAGCAGACGGGAUGGAAAGCACUGAGGGGAUGGAGGUGGACGGCUGGGACCCCGAUCUGGAGGAAGAGCUAGGCAUUUCUCUGGAUGAGUUGAAGAAGUGGAUCGAAGAGGCUGUGGAGAAGAGCGAGAUUGUGCAGAAGAAAAAGGCUCAGCUGACAGAGCUCAAGGAAUGGGUGGAGCAGAAGGAAGAAGAGGAGGCAAAGACGGAGAUGCUUCUCAACGAUGCCAGCCAGUCCAUAUUGGAGUGUGAGAAACUGGUGAAGGCAACUUACCAUAGGAACGGUCUCGUUUACCGCGAGAGCAGCUCUGAGGAUGAGGGGGGUGGAGGAGGCGUGUUGUCCUCGGAGGUCAUCGAGAUAGACGAUGACGACGAUGACGAUGUCAUUGCUGUUGGCUGUCUGGUUCCUCCAAAGAAGCCUGUCACUCCGGGCAAAGAUCCAGUGGUAAAAGAGGCAUCUGCAGCUUUACAGAAAACCUCUCAGCAGGUGCAGAAGUUGUUCCAAAUGGUCAACAAGCCUUCGCCAGGUGCCCCAUUGCUCAGAUCUCCAGCACAGCCUCCAUCCCAGUCAGGUAUUCAGAGUUCAGUGCCAGCAGUGUUUAUAUCCCAGGUUCCAUCUCAGUCCAUGACCCAGCCAAACCCAAACGUGAAAGAAGAUGAGCUCAGAGUCGGGAUGAGCAUUCUGGGAAAGAAACGCACCAAGACCUGGCACAGAGGCGCCCUCGUUGCUAUCAGUCCUGUUGGAAACGGAAUAUUCAAGUAUAAAGUGAAGUUUGAUAAAGGAAAGAGCCUGCUGUCUGGAAAUCAUGUGGCUUUCGACUAUAACCCCACCCUGGAGAUUCUGUAUGUCGGGGCUCGUGUAGUUGCCAAGUACAAGGAUGGCAACCUGGUGUGGCUAUAUGCUGGAAUAGUAGCAGAGAUGCCCAACAACAAGAACCGUAUGAGGUUUUUGAUCUUCUUUGAUGAUGGCUAUGCUUCAUAUGUGACACUACCUGAACUUUACCCAGUUUGCCGACCAUUAAAACGUACCUGGGAGGACAUUGAGGAUGCAUCGUGUCGAGACUUCAUCGAGGAGUACAUCACUGCCUAUCCCAGCAGGCCUAUGGUGCUCCUAAAGGUUGGGCAGAUCAUCAAGACAGAGUGGGAGGGAACCUGGUGGAAGAGCAAAGUUGAGGAGGUGGAUGGAAGCUUGGUCAAGAUCCUCUUUUUGGAUGAUAAGAGGAGUGAGUGGAUCUACAGAGGCUCCACCAGGUUGGAGCCAAUGUUCAACCUGAAGAUGACCACCGCCAACACCCAGGAGAAGAAGCUUGCUGGCCAGCAGAGGACACGACCUAACAUGGGGGCGUUGAGGAGUAAAGGCCCGGUUGUUCAAUACACCAGUGACGCACAUGUUGGAGCCUCUCCCGUAAAAACACCCCAGGCCUCACCUAGCCAGCCUUCACCACCACAGCGUCCUCAGCCCCCACAGCCCCAACAAACCCUACAACCCCAACCAACCCAACAAAACCAACAAACCCCUCAACCUCUGCAGCCUCCACAGCCUCCACGUGUUGACAAUAAACAUCAGAUGGCGAAGAAGAGUACUUCUCCGUUUGUCCCUGGGGUGGGAGGCACUCACGCCUCCAAAGUCAUGCAGUCAGUUUCAUCCAGUCCCAGCACAAUCUCUGGUGGGAGAAUGCUGAAUGUCCAAAAUAUGGUUACGUUAACACAGCCGUAUCAGAGACAGCUGCCCUCCCUGGCUCCACCCCCUCCUCCUAUCACCCACGCAACGGCCACCAUCCCGCAUCAGCCCGCAUACCGUGCCCCGACGGACCGCAUCUUCUACCUAGCACACAACUGUCAACCCGCCUGUCUGAAUCGCGUCCGACCUGCAAAACCAGACACGCACAGAGGAAAGAACCCCCUCCUCACUCCUUUACUGUACGAUUUCAGACGCAUGACCGGACGACGCAAAGUCAAUCGCAAGAUGUCUUUCCACGUGAUCUACAAAGCUCCGUGUGGCCUUUGCCUGCGUAACAUGGCAGAGAUCCAGCACUACCUUUUCCAGACACGCUGUGACUUUAUAUUCUUAGAGAUGUUCUGUCUAGACCCCUACGUGCUUGUGGACCGUCCCUUCCAGCCACAGAGGCCAUUCUACUACAUUCCCGACAUCACUGGUGGAAGGGAGGACAUCCCGCUCUCCUGUGUCAACGAGAUUGAUUCCACACCGCCUCCUAAAGUAGCUUACAGUAAAGAGCGUAUUCCUGAAGAUGGAGUAUACAUCAACACCAGUUCAGACUUCCUGGUUGGUUGUGAUUGUACCGAUGGUUGUCGAGAUAAGUCCAAAUGUUCUUGUCACCAGCUGACCCUUCAGGCUACAGGUUGUACACCGGGGGCCCAGAUCAACCCAAAUGCUGGAUAUUUGCACAAACGAUUAGAGGAGUGCCUUCCCACAGGUAUCUAUGAGUGUAAUAAGCGCUGCAAAUGCUGUCCUCAGAUGUGCACCAACCGGUUGGUGCAACACGGCCUGCAGGUGCGUCUUCAACUCUUCAAGACCCAGAACAAAGGCUGGGGCAUCCGCUGUCUGGAUGACGUGGCCAAGGGCUCUUUUGUCUGCAUCUAUGCUGGUAAAAUCUUGACAGACGACUUUGCUGAUAAAGAAGGUCUAGAGAUGGGCGACGAGUAUUUCGCUAAUCUGGACCAUAUAGAGAGUGUGGAGAACUUCAAGGAGGGCUAUGAGAGCGAGGCUCACUGUUCAGACAGCGAGGGGAGCGGUGUGGAUGUGUCGAGGAUAAAAAUCCAACCAUCUGCUUUAGCAUCAGCUAACCCUGUUGGGCGACCGUCCAAGAAGGGUGAGUCCAAAAAGGUCCGGAGUCCAAGUUCAUCUGGGGACAGCAACGACGACGAUGAGAAGGAUUCAAAGAGUGAAGAUGAAAGUGACAGCUCAGACGACACUUUUGUGAAGGAGAGCUACUACAGCUCCAGCUCUGUGUGGAGGAGUUAUACCACACGUGGUCAGGUCAAGGGGAACAAGGAAGGGAGUCAAGACAGUAAAGACGGAUUGAGUGCAUCAGCCAAAGGAACUGAUGACGAGAAGCCCCCAUCUAUGCCAGAGGAGACGGGGAAAAGUAAAGUGGCUUCCUGGCUUACAAGCCAGGGGCUGAAGAAGGAUUCUGGAGACAGCAAAAGUCAGAUGAAGACAGAGAUGGGGAAGAAGCAGGAUGUGAUGACCCUCUCUGACAGUGAUGAUGUUCAGACCAUCAGCUCUGGAUCCGACGACAAUAAGGAGAAAGAAAAAGUCACCCCAGGUGUGACUAAGAAGCAGGUAGCAGUGAAAUCUACACGUGGCAUCGCCUUGAAGGGCAGCCACGGGAUGAUGGUAAAAGCAGGUCCGUCUGGAGGCGGGGGACCAGGAGGUCAGGGAGGAAAAACUGGACAGCAGGCACACACAGGAGGAGGCGGUGAAAACUCUUCCAAAAACACCCGCCUGUUCUUUGAUGGUGAAGAGUCCUGUUACAUCAUUGAUGCCAAGUUGGAAGGAAACCUUGGGCGUUACCUGAAUCACAGCUGCAGUCCUAACCUCUUCGUCCAGAAUGUGUUUGUGGACACACAUGACUUGCGGUUUCCCUGGGUGGCGUUCUUUGCCAGCAAGCGGAUCCGGGCCGGCACAGAGCUGACCUGGGACUACAACUAUGAGGUGGGCAGCGUGGAGGGGAAGGUGCUGCUCUGCUGCUGCGGAUCCACUGAGUGCCGAGGAAGACUUCUGUGAUCUGCAGUCAUCAUGAACUUCACUCCCUCUGCUGGAUCUUUAGGAAACUUAGAGAAGCCCUUUCCACACUGUAACUUGUUCUUUUUUUUUUAAGAAAAAGGAAAUUUAUUACAGCUGUUUUGUUGCCUUUUAUUUUAUAUGAACCUAUUACUUGAUUUGCCCCAUUUUAUCUGUGACCCUUAUCUGAAUAAAAUGCAAUUUUCUUUAAUGAACCAAA